AUGGCCGUUUUUCACCAUAUUCUGAGUGCCUUUUGCCAAGCACUUAUCAUCGCUGAGGUGAUUCUUGGGCAUAGUGACAAGGAGGUGCUCCGUGAGCUGAAGAACUUCCUGAAGGCGCAAAACCCGAUCAACCGUGGCGCCUAUGACACCUGGUCUGAGACAGAGGCCUCGCCGUGCCGUCUCCAAGGCGUUGAGUGUGAUGCAGCAGGGCGUGUCACUUAUCUCGACCUCUCGAGCUCCAACAUUGCCGGACCAUCCUUCGGUAACUUUUCGCGCCUCACCCGGCUCACGCACCUCGAUCUCUCGACAAACAGUAUCACUGGUCAACUCCAUCCUGAUCUCAAGCACUGCUGGGACCUCCAGUACCUCAACUUAUCAAGCAACCUCAUCGGUGGCGCCCUCGAUGGCAACAUUAGGAAAAACUUCCCGGCCAUCUGCGGCAACCUCAGUGUCAUCACGGUCUCCAACAAUAACCUCACAGGCAGGAUAAGUGGGCUGUUCAGUGGCUGCACCAAGCUCACUGACGUUGAUCUCAGCUGGAAUCAAUUCACUGGAAAGGCUGUAUGGGAAGGGAUCGAAAAGCUUACACGGUUCAAAGCCUCGAAGAACAACCUCACAGGGAGCAUUCCUUCCAGCACGUUUCCAAAGGGGUGCAAGCUGCAGGUUGUGGACAUCUCCAGCAACCAACUGUCUGGCAAUUUCCCAAAUUCAAUUGCCAAUUGCUCAAACUUGAGAUCCCUGUCCUUAUGGAACAAUAGCUUUGGUGGAUCUAUACCACCAGGAAUUGGCUCGAUUGCGGGGCUCGAGGAGCUGGUUCUCUCGAGCAACCAGUUCCAUCACAAGAUACCACUUGAGCUGAUGAACUGCACCAACCUAAAAUUUCUGGAGAUCAGUGACAAUAAUUUUGGAGGGGAGGUGCAACAAGUCCUUGGAAAAUUGACGAGCCUGAAGAGCCUUGCGCUUCAAGAGAAUAAUUACAGUGGAGGCAUUGUCUCCUCUGGCAUUUUACAGUUGCCAAACCUCAUCUUCCUUGACCUCAGCUUUAACAGAUUCUCCGGCAAGCUUCCUAGUGAGAUCGCUAGCAUGAUGAGCAUCGAAUCCCUCGUGCUUGCAUAUAAUAACUUCUAUGGUAAAAUCCCACCAUCAUACGGACGACUUAUGAGGCUCCAAGCAUUCGACUUGUCAUUCAACAGCCUCUCUGGCAAGAUCCCACCAGAGAUUGGUAAUCUAACAUCGCUUCUCUUGUUGAUGCUGGCUGAGAACCAACUUUCAGGAGAGAUCCCAAGGGAGAUAGGAAACUGUACUAGCCUGCUCUGGCUCAACCUUGUCGGAAACAGGAUAUCCGGCAAAAUCCCACCGGAGAUGGCAAGUAUGGGGAGGAAUCCCAGUCCAACCUUUGUCAAGAAUCGAAGCAAUCCUUCACUGAUCAAGUCCGCGACGAGUAAAUGUUUACCUGUGUACCGGUGGGUGCCGGCGAGUUAUUCAGAGUUUGACUUUGUUGAAUCAAUGAUGAUCUCCCAGAAGAACUGCCUAACAAUGUGGAACAGGCUCCUCAUGGGGUAUGACAUACUUCCAGUAACUUCACCAUUACGAACGGCCUUAGGGAGCCUCGAUUUGUCUUGGAAUAAUUUCUCCGGUGCACUCCCAUCAAGCCUAGACAAGCUGUCCAAACUGAGCAAAUUCAAUGUUUCAUACAACCCGCUUCUCUCAGGGAAGGUCCCAAACACUAGGCAACUCUCCACUUUCAAUGAGCAGUCUUUCCUUAGUGAUCCACUCUUAUCUUUCCACUCAUCUGUGGCUCCCAACCUUCAUUCAAAUGACAACCAGCCCUCCUCGUAUGGUACAGAAAAGCAUCCUACAAAUGAAGAGAUCACUGUGUUAGUAAUUACAUUCCUUGUUUGCUUCUCUGCCACCUUUGUUAUCAGAGAGCUUCAGAGCUUUGUGUAUCUGUACCAUGUUGCAUUACGUAAAAUUACCAACUGUAGGUAUCUUUGA